UGGGAAAAAGUGUCUGGGCUUCUCCACGUGAGGCUCGCUGUGAGCGCGGCUGCGGUGCAGGUGGCGGGCGUGCGGUGGCCGUGACAGGGGCAGUCCCUUCGGGGUUUUAGUCAGGAGGUAAAUCCAUGCGGUUGUGUGUGUGUCGGGGGACGGGAUUCCCGCGGCAGUGUCCCGGAGCCGCCUGAGGGCGAGUCCCCUCGUGAUGGAACCUCGCCGCGAGUAGGCUUGAAGACGCGGCGCGCGGCGGCGGCGGCGGCGGCAUCAUGAAUCUCCUACCGAGAAGCUCCAAGGAGUUUGGCUCUGCGGACUACUGGGAGAAGUUCUUUCAGCAGCGAGGAAGGAGGGCUUUCGAGUGGUACGGAUCGUACCUGGAACUGUGCGAGGUGCUGCACAAGUACAUCAAGCCCAAGGAGAAGGUGCUUGUAAUUGGAUGUGGCAACUCAGAGCUGAGCGAGCAGCUAUAUGAUGUGGGCUAUCAGGAUAUAGUGAACAUUGACAUCAGUGAAGUCGUCAUUAAGCAAAUGAAGGAGCGCAAUGCCAGCCGAAGGCCCCAAUUGAGCUUCUUGAAGAUGGACAUGACACAGAUGGUGUUUCCUGAUGCCUCAUUCCAGGUGGUGUUGGACAAGGGCACCCUGGAUGCUGUCCUGACAGAUGAGGAGGAGAAGACCCUGCAACAGGUGGACAGGAUGCUGGCUGAGGUUGGCCGUGUCCUGCAGGUGGGCGGUCGCUACGUCUGCAUCUCCUUGGCUCAGGCUCACAUCUUGAAGAAAGCAGUGGGUCACUUCUCUCGGGAGGGGUGGAUGGUGAGGGUGCACCAAGUGGCCAGCAGCCAGGAGCAGGUGUUGGAAGCAGAGUCUCGGUUCUCCCUGCCUGUCUUUGCCUUCAUCAUGACCAAGUUCAGGCCAGUCCCUGGCUCUGCCCUUCAGAUCUUUGAGCUGUGUGCUCAGGAGCAGGGCAAGCCCGUGCGGCUGGAGAGUGCUGAGCGGCUGGCUGAGGCAGUGCUGGAGCGGCAGCAGUAUGCCUGGCUGUGCAGCCAGCUGCGCCGCAAGGCCGGGCUGGGGAGUGUGUCCUUGGACUUGUGCAGUGGGGACACGGGGGAGCCACGCUACACUCUCCAUGUGGUGGACAGCUCCACUGUGAAACCAUCGCGGGACAAUCAUUUUGCCAUUUUCAUCAUCCCCCAGGGUCGAGAAACUGAGUGGCUUUUUGGUAUGGAGGAGGGUCGGAAGCAGCUGGCAGCUAGUGCUGGCUUCAGGAGACUGAUCACAGUGGCUCUGCAUCGAGGUCAGCAGUAUGACAGCAUGGACAGCAUUCAGGCUGAGCUGUCGCCUAGAGUCAUGGAGCUGGCCCCAGCUGGAAUGCCCUCCCAGCAGCAGGUACCAUUUCUGUCUGUGGGUGGUGACAUUGGUGUCCGGACUGUUCAGCACCAAGACCACAGCCCCAUGAGUGGCGACUAUGUUAUCGAGGAUGUGCAAGGGGAUGACAGACGAUACUUUCGGAGGCUGAUCUUCCUCAGCAACAGGAAUGUGGUUCAGUCUGAGGCCAGGUUACUGAAGGAUAUGUCUCACAGAGCCCAUAAGAAACGGAAAAAGGACAAGAGGAAACAGCGGCCUGCGGAUACUUCUGAGGACCUCCCUCCUGCCCCAGGACAGUCUAUUGAUAAGAGUUACUUAUGCUGUGAACACCAUAAAGCCAUGAUUGCUGGCCUUGCCUUGCUGAAGAAACCAGAUUUGCUUCUAGAGACACGAAUGACACUGUUAGUGGUGGGCUUGGGUGGUGGUAGUCUUCCUCUCUUUGUUCAUGACCAUUUCCCAAAGUCUCACAUUGAUGCUGUUGAGAUCGACCCCUCCAUGUUGGAAGUGGCCACUCAGUGGUUUGGCUUCUCACAGAGUGACCGGAUGAAGGUACACAUUGCAGAUGGCCUGGACUACAUUACCAGCCUGGCAGGAGGAGAGGAAGCACGGUCUUGCUAUGAUGUUAUAAUGUUUGAUGUAGAUAGUAAGGACCCAACACUGGGAAUGAGUUGUCCACCCCCAGCAUUUGUGGACCCGCCUUUCCUGCAGAAGGUCAAAAGCAUCCUGACUCAUGAAGGUGUAUUUAUCCUUAAUCUCGUGUGCCGAGACUUGGGGCUGAAGGACUCAGUAUUGGCUGGGCUCAAAGCAGUUUUCCCCCUCCUAUAUGUUCGGCGAAUCGAGGGAGAAGUGAAUGAGAUUUUGUUCUGCCAGCUGCAACCGGAACAGAAGCUUGCCACACCAAAGCUCCUGGAAAUGGCCCAGGCCUUGGAGCGGACCCUGAGGAAACCUGGGCAGGGUUGGGACGACACCUAUGUCCUAUCAGAUAUGCUGAAGACAGUGAAGAUCGUGUGACUGCUGAGGCAGGGAGCCACCUCCUCUUCCUGCCCAAAAUACCUUGAACUCUUGGCCUGUUAGAGAUCGAAGAAGUACAACACACAGUACUUUCAGACUUGGUGUUUUUCUUGGUUUCAUACUCAGCUACAUGCAGCCUCCAGCUUGGUGAGGCUCUGAAGAUCUGGGAAAAUAAAAGUCCUCUUCAGUUUCAA